AUGAGUAUUUACUUAGAAAAGGUGCGAAAGAUAAUGGAUGAAUUUGAGGGCGAAGACAAGGAAGCACUCAUUAAGCAUUAUAUUCGGGUAUCAAAGAACGUUCUUCUUGAUGAUAAAGAAGUCAAGAGGUCUAAGCUUAAUCUUCUGGGUGACUUGUAUGCUAUAGAUGGGGGAGAUGAGGUUAACGCCAUAAUGAAUGAUGUUCUAGAACAUAAAAUACUUCAAAUAAGAGCUUUGAUACUCGAUUUAGUAGAGGACGACUACACAAGUGACUCCAAGGUUAUUGGAAGGCCUGAGAAAUGGAUUAAGAAGAUAAUAAAAGAUGCUGAGGAGACGUUUAAUCUGGAUGGAGAGUUUGGGAAGAGGAUGUUUUCUAUCUACAACGAGAAAUUGCUCAAGGAGUUCUGCAGAAUAUUUAUAUCUGAAAACCGCAGAUUUGGAACAGGGGGAAACCAAUUGUUGCUCAAUCUCUACUAUUAUGAGAGGUUUGUUCAAAGCAAAAUCAAGUUUGAUUUCCAAAAUUUUUUCGAUAGGAUGACUUCCUUCUUUAGAGAUCACUGCUAUAAGCCCAAAGAAGAAUUAGAGGAAAUUCUCGAUGGAAAGUAA